UGGUAGUUGCGAGGGACGCACCGGAGCGGAGCGGGGCCGGGCCAGGCUGGGCCGGGGUGAGGAUGAGCGGGGACGGGAUGAGCGACCUGCGGCAGCGGCACGGCCGGGAGCCCGGAGCGGCGCGGGACAGUGAGGACAAGGAGUCUGAGUCUGAGAACAAGCUGGAUGGAGAGACAGCAUCAGACAGUGAAAGCAAAUCUGAGUUUGGAGGAUCCCCCCCGGUGCCAACAUCAGAUGACACUCCAGAGGUCCUCAACAGGGCCCUCUCCAACCUGUCCUCAAGAUGGAAGAACUGGUGGGUAAGAGGCAUCCUCACGCUGGCAAUGAUCACCUUCUUCUUCAUCAUCAUCUACUUGGGACCCAUGGUCUUAAUGACAAUAGUGAUGUGUGUCCAGAUCAAAUGUUUCCAUGAGAUUAUCACUAUUGGCUAUAAUGUGUACCACUCAUAUGACCUGCCCUGGUUCAGGACACUCAGCUGGUACUUCCUGCUCUGUGUAAACUACUUUUUCUAUGGUGAGACUGUGACAGAUUAUUUCUUCACCCUGGUUCAGAGGGAGGAGCCCCUGCGAAUCCUCAGCAAAUACCACCGCUUCAUUUCUUUCACCCUCUACUUAACAGGUUUCUGCAUGUUUGUUUUGAGUCUGGUGAAGAAACAUUAUCGCCUCCAGUUCUACAUGUUUGGAUGGACCCAUGUGACGUUGCUAAUCGUUGUUACCCAGUCACACCUCAUCAUCCACAACCUGUUUGAAGGGAUGAUAUGGUUCAUUGUCCCAAUUUCCUGUGUGAUCUGCAAUGACAUCAUGGCAUACAUGUUCGGGUUCUUCUUUGGCCGCACACCACUCAUCAAGCUCUCCCCAAAGAAGACCUGGGAGGGGUUUAUUGGAGGAUUCUUUGCCACUGUUUUGUUUGGAUUGCUGCUGUCCUAUGUGAUGUCAGGGUACCGGUGCUUCACCUGCCCUGUGGAGUUCAACAAUGACACCAACAGCUUCACAGUGGACUGUGAGCCAUCCGAGCUGUUCCAGCUACAGGAGUACAAUAUCCCUGUGGUGCUGCAGUCCGUGGUGGGCUGGAAGACAGUCCGGAUGUACCCCUUCCAAAUCCACAGCAUCGCUCUGUCUACUUUUGCCUCCCUCAUCGGGCCAUUCGGAGGCUUCUUUGCAAGUGGAUUUAAGAGGGCCUUCAAAAUCAAGGACUUUGCCAACACAAUCCCAGGGCAUGGAGGUAUCAUGGACCGCUUUGACUGUCAGUACCUGAUGGCAACCUUUGUUAACGUGUACAUUGCGAGCUUCAUCAGAGGUCCCAACCCAAGCAAACUGAUCCAGCAGUUCUUAACCUUGCGGCCAGACCAGCAGCUCCACAUCUUCAACACACUCAAAGCACACCUUGUUGACAAGGGGAUAUUAGGUCGCUUGGAGGAUGCAUAGACAGUGGUGAUUGGAACAGGACUGAAAACAGACCCACCUCCUCGAGGAAAUUCCUGGCUCACCUGAUCUCAGACAAUAACAAGGCCUCAUUUCACUGUAACUUUUCUUCCUUUCUUGUUAAAUGUUUGCAUUUUGGGGUGUUUUUUUUAAUAAUAAAUUUCUAUAGCUUUGGUUCAAACGAGCAAAUCUUGGGUUUGUAGCUGAAGAGGAGCUCAGAAGGACUGUUGGGUGAAGUAGGAGGGUAUGGCUGUCCUCGUGGGCUGGUCUUCACCUCACUGCAUGUGGGCAGCGCUGAACUUCUCCUCUGAGUGUGUUUCUGCAGGGAAUUACACCAGCGUUGGCCGUACGUGUGUGAAGGUGAAGCCAUGCAACUCCUGUCGGGCCAGGCUGUGGCCACGAUGGCAACUCUGGGAUCAUCCUUUCUCCAGUGGGAACUGUGAGUGCAGUGUUCAUAUCCCCAGACAGCCACGGUCCUGCUUGCGUGCAGUCUCCUGUAGCCUGCACGGUGAGCACGAGGCUUCCCUCAUUGGAAGAGGAUCUUGUUCUAAUCCAGCUGUAUUUCUUCUGCCCAGCCAGGCACUUGCAUCUGUGUUCACUUGCUGCUGCUUGCAGUGCCUCCCCCUCCCCCUUCUGGCUGAUAGUUUGGCAAAUAAGAGUUUUAUAACCAAUUAAACCAGAAAGACUGAGGAAAAAGAGUCAAGAACCUGGUAGUUGCUUGUGGGAAUGUGGGAGGUUCCAAUUGCUUCAAUACUGAAUGGAGUAAAUAAGGUUUGAAAGAACAUUGAAAUGCCAUUGAGUAAUUCCUGCCAAGUAAAGCAGGAACAACCCUUUAACUUGGUUCAUUUCCCCCCAUCAAAUAACCUUUAAGCAACACUGAACCACACUUUGGUUGGAAACCCCACACUGGGAGAUAAAUCUGGGGAGCAUAUUCCUAUUGUUCCUUCUCCUGCAGCUGCUGGUUGGGGCUCCAGCACCCCCUGGAGCUUUCAGCUGGGUAUUUUGGUUUCCUUUCAGGGAUCAUGUCUAUCACCUGUUUGUUACUUGAGUUCUAGAUGUCCUGCUGCUGAGUUCAUCAUGGUCUAUGUCGCAUUUCAGUCUGGGUUCAUUUACCUGCAGGCUUCUGUCCUGCUUCUCUUCCUAAACCUUGUCAUAAGUAGUUUGUACUUAAUAGGUAUAAGUUUUAUCCAAGUAUUUUCCUUUAUUUUGUCAUACUUUUGUAUUAUUUAAAAAUGAGAGCCCUAAAGAUUGUAAACCUCUUUUUUUUGUGAUUAGAUAACGAAAAUAUCCCCCCCCUUUACACCUUUUGCAAUGAUCCCAAACACGAGGUGACUCUGAUUUUACUUCUUUCUAUAGUUUGUGCAUGGGAGAGAGAAACUUCAUCAUAUUUUAACCUGGGGAGCGAGUGUCAGGGAAAGAUAAUACAGAAGUACAUUGCUGUUUUCAAGCAUCCACCUUCCACACAGCCACCCCCUGCAUAUAGAGACAUGCACACACUGCAAGCUAGCUAAGUAUCGACAGAAAAGAAGUCACCUGGACAUAGUUUGUAGCUCAGAGUCCGUAUUCUGAUCCUGCCAUUGCUUUCCUUUCCCCUGAGUGAGCCAGAGAGCACACAUGUGUAAAUACAUGACCAGAUGCCGACGUCUCUCUUACAUUCCUCCUUCCUGAGUGCUCAGCUCUGCUUCAUCUCCCUCAUCAGGAACCACAGGGCAGGAGGUUGUGCUCCUUUUGCUGCAGGUAUUUGGGUGAAAGCAGAUUGCAGGGAAGAAGGGGCUGCUUCCACAAAGUAUCUUCAGCCAGUGCUGGCAGAGUUGCUGGCUUCUGGCUUCUGCUACAGGGGAGCCAGUUCAGGACUGUUUGAAGCUAGUGGUUGUACAUAGAGGCUUUCCUGUUCUGGCUGUGGAGACUCUUCCCUUCCAGCCUGAGUUAGGCAGGGGUCUAUUUUCUGUUGAUUUAGAGGUCUCAUCCCCUAAUUUGGGAAUUAAAGGGGAGAAUUAAGGUGCUUCCAUCUCCCUUUGUGCAGGGAGGAUGCUUGCUCUGUAUUACACAGAACCAUUCGGGUUGGAAGGGACCUCUGGAGAUCGUCCAGUCCAACCCUUUAGCCACCUAGAGCAGGUUACACAGGAGCACAUCCAGGUGGGUUUGGAAUGUCCCUGCAAAGCAGUUUGCCCUGUGGGGUCAGAGAAGCUGAUGCUUUUCUGGAUUCCCCAACAUCUGCCAAACCCCUUUGUAAGUGCACUCUUGGGUCCUAAGUCAGUCCUCAGAAGCUGUAGUGGUGAUAGGUAUUACAAGAGAUGCUCUUUAUGUUAAGAAGUUUUUCCAUAUGGCUCUGCAGUCCCCUGCUCAUGUUGCUUUCAGCCUUUGGUACCUCUUUAGCUGUAAUUAGUGGGGCAAAAGCCUAACACAAAGCUUUCCUGCAUGCUUUUGAGUGAAGCAGCAUUUGGGCCUUUUGAAGGGUGCGGUGCUGGCUGUGGACACUGGAGGGCAAAGCAGUUGCAUUUAGCAGCUUCCAGGGCUAGAGAGGAGCUGCAGCAGUGUUUGCAUGUGGCAGCUUUAGUCUUGCUUCCUUGCCAGCAGUGCAGUGAAAGGGGGGGCUUCCGAGGCUGAUUUGAUCCUGAAGGGUUCAUAGAAAGGGUUUAGCAUCCUGCUCUGAAGUUCAUAACUGAGUGGGACCAGUGCAUCCAUUUGAGAAGUGAAGGAGGAAGGGAGGGAGAGGAGAGGUGUGAAUAUUAUUUGCAAGCUCUACAGCUCAACAUGCUGAGAAAUAGUGGUGAGCUCUGUAGUGUGUUCUCUGUUGGGGUGAGAGCCGUGGUGGCAAACCCACUUCUGUACCACUGGUGUGAGUGUAUGUGGUAGCACUGCUCAGCUCUUAGCGAGAGCGCUGUCUGAAACAGCAUUUGGUGGGUUCUCCCCAUCAGCCCAGCCUGUGAGUGGCUUUUGUUUGCUGUAAAUACCUCAAGUUAGGCGUAGAAAGUCUAGAAGAAACGCAAAGUUGAUGUUACUGGCUUUGGCUGCCCCUAAAGGAGUUAAUUGUGAUGCCAAGGGGCAUGUAGCAAGGCACAUUAAGCCUUGCAGGACCUUGGUCGUGCUGCAGCUCUCACAAGCAUUAGGUUUGGAGGGAGAGCCCACGCUGACACCAGGGAUGUCCAGGUGAGGUGAUACAGGGAUGCUCCUGUGAUGUUGCUCCAGCUCAGCAUUGCACCAUGGUUUUUGUUCUCAGUGGGCUCCACCGUCAGAGAAGCUCCUCCAGCUUGUGCCCAGCAAGAAGGGAAUAACCAAGCACAGGGGGAGGUACUGUGCCAGCCAGAGUGUGUGUGCUUGGGAGGGAAGGAAGAGAAAAGCAGGAUUUGGCCAAUGUGAAGCCCAGCAGAGUGUCACUGCUGCUUGUGGUGUGGAGACCACCUUUUCAUCAGCAGUUGUAGCAGACACAGAAGGAUAAGUGUAUUUGAUCAAAGGGAUAGAAAGCUGCUUUUGCUGGUGGGAGAAGCUGCUGUCCUGGUGAAGGGACUAAACAUGAUGCUGGUUUGCUGGUGGGUGAUUUAGUACAGGUCAGACCGGGUUUGAUGCUGCUUGGCUGGGUCUGUGAGGAUGAGCACUUGGCAUGAUCUGAUGGGAAUUUGCUCUUCCAAGUCAGAUAAGUUUGCAGAUGGGAUGCACGGCUCAGUGGAACAUCUCCACCUGGUUCCUGCAUUUAGGGUCAUGCCCACCACUGAUCAGCAUAUGUUAGUUAGAGAUCCUUCAGGCUGAUGGGCUCAGAAGUCUGCUGACACCGAUCCCAAGCUGUUGCAUUGGAUUCUUGGUACCCUGUGCAGCUGGAAAUCCCACAGCAUCAGCUAAUGCUUGGCAGCAGGUUGUGAAAUGCCAGUUUCUCAUGUUCCAAGGGCUGUGUCCUGUUUCUGAUGUGUGCAGCCAGUCCCCCUGAGCAUGGUUGUGAUGGGAUCUUGGUAUCUCUUUCUUCCCCUGCCUCCUCUAACCAGCUCUGUGUAAGAGGAGGAGGGCAAAGCUGUGUGGGGAGCAUCCAUACGACUCAUCCAGACCUUCCUGGGGACUGGAGAGCAUCGUGUCCCAAAGAGCAUGGUAUGAAAGCUCCUGUGGUUCCUGCCCUCUGUAACCAGCCCCAGAGUUGCUUUUGUACUGCUGUAAUCUUGAUGUGCUCCUGUUCUCCAGCCCUGAUGUGUUUCUACAUCUGCUUCUUUCUCUGUGCACUGUUCUUUUGAUUCAUGGUUUAGCUACACCUGUAGAGUUGCCUUUCUUUACCGAAUGUCCAGAUGUGAUAUAUUGUAUAUUUUAAAGUAUUUACCCUAUUUAUAUACUAUGUGUUACUGUUAAAUAAAUAUAAGUUCCAUUA